AUGAAUAUACCAUUAGUGAUAUCAAAUAAUGGUGUUGCAAUAUCAACUAAGAUGCACGUUAAAUAUACUCAAAUCUUUAUCAACAAUGAAUGGCAUAAAGCAACAAAUGAAAAAACAUUUUCUGUCAUCAAUCCAAGUACAGGAGAAGAAAUCUGUCAAGUAGAAGAAGGCACUAGAGCUGAUGUUGAUAAAGCAGUUGAAGGUGCUCAAACAGCUUUUGAUAUUGAAUCACCAUGA